AGUGGCUCCACGGCCAAACCCGCACAACCUACCAACCCGCGCAACACGCAAACCACCACCGCUACCACGAUCACCGCCCGCCUUCUUCGUCUCAACCAAGCUUCACCAGCUCCCGCGCGCACCUCGUCCCCCACCUCGCCACCGCUGCACCCCACCCCACAGCUAUGGCGUCCGCCCAGACCCCCUACUACGAGCUCUACCGCCGCUCCUCCAUUGGAAUGGCGCUCACAGACGCCCUCGACGACCUCAUCUCGGAGGGCCGCAUCGCGCCGCAGCUGGCAAUGAAGAUCCUCACCAACUUCGAUCGUCACGUUACCGAUGUGCUCGCGGAUAAGGUCAAAGCCAACUUGACCUUUAAGGGGAGCCUCGAUACGUACCGCUUCUGCGACGAGGUGUGGACGUUCCUGAUCAAGAACGUUACCUUCAAGUUCCAGCAGCAGGGCGGGACCACUCCGAGCGUCACGACUGAUAAGAUCAAAAUCGUGUCGUGCAAUUCGAAGCGGCCGGGAGACUUGUAAACAAAGAACUUGGAACGUUUCCUUUGUUUCUCUGGUUUUUUUUCUUUCCCUUUUUCUCUCUCUUACUUGUGCUCCCGUUGAUGCUAGCACGGAUACGCGAGAUUAUUACAUAUCACGACACUGCGAUGUUGCAUUUUGAUGUCUUUUUUUUAUCUGCUUGAUGUGUGCGCACCGCUACUAUACAGGAUGGAUGUACUUUAACAAAAUACGUUGGCGUUGGAAUGAAAUUGGUAUUGCUUUGGCCUGGCA